AUGAGCAAGAGCCGAAGCUGGGUUGUCGCCGACGCUGGGUUGUCGUCGAAGCCCGAGGGACUGAUCAAAGGCUUCGGUGCAUGCCAUCUGCAUGAGUCGAUCGAGACGCACAAAACUGGGCGGAUCCUUCCUGGCUGGUGCGACUCCGAGUGUGUGUUGCAUGCAUUGCCGAUGUCGCUCCGGAUUCCUGAAUUUCCUGCAUUCGUGGCCAGACCCCCAGACUCGACAACCGAACUCGGCACACCCAGACUCCAGUUGAGUGUAUGCUGA